CUCUCUCUCUCCAUUACUUAGCAACUUCCCCAUCUCGUUGUCCGUUUCUUUCUUUCUCUUCUUCAUCACCACAUUCAUCUCUCUCGACCUUUUUAUUCCGAAACCCUGCAGCUCAGAUUUACUGUAUAAUUAAUCCAUAACCACUACUAGGUAUAAUAUACUCUCCUCGACCUAGCUAGCUCUCCAAAACCCUAGUUCUCUGGUGAUUAAUAAUAACUGGAGAACGGAUCUAGCUACAGCUGUUCCCAAAUAUUAUAUACUACUAAUAACACUGCUAUAUAGCUUGAAAGCAUCGAUCUUCGAGUUUAUCCAUUUAUCUUGUGAUAGAGUUUUUCUGAUAGUCAUCUCUUUAUCCUCAUAGAUUAGAGACAGAUAGUACUACAAGAGAGAGAGAGAGAAAGAGGGGUUUUUUCAUGUGUGUCCCGAAGUCUUUUUAGGCGUUAUAAACUUAGUUUAGCAAUUUUGAAAGUGGGGUAUUAGUCAAAGAUCCUCUACCCAGUGUGUCAAAGUCUUUUUCGCAAUAUUAUUGUAUUUUUUUUUUGUGUGUAGUGUAGGUUAAAUUAAUCGAGUUUUGUUUGGCACGUAAUGGAGAGGAGGAGUACUUUUUGAAAAGCCACAAAUUAUAGUCAUUUCUACCAUCUGUCACAUGUUGUAACAAUGUUAUUAGCCUAAUAGCACCAGAGAAUCUAUUAACAGCUAACGCCACAAAGAGUCAACUGCGAAAGAAAACCAAACCCAAAACGACUGAGCUAGAGAUGAAUAUAUCGUUUAGGGUUUUGUAGAAGACUGUUUCUAUACAUAUGUAUGUAGUCGCUUCCACCAAGGAAAAUGCUUCCGGUGCGAUUCAUCAGAAACUUAAUCCGAUCAUUUGUCGGAAGACAGUAGUGUUUGGCGUAUUUUCCAGUCAACUUCGCGGCUACUUGCAUUGAUCAGAGAUUGAAAGAAUCAUAACAAAAAAAAAAUCGGUACUCCGGACUACUUUAAGGAUUUCAAGCAAUGUUUCAGCCAAAUAUGUUCGAAACCGUGCACCAUCACUUAGCGGAUAUUAGCCACAAAAGUACUUCCGAAAGUGACCAGUUGGGAAAGAUGAGAGACGAUGAUCUUGAGCUUGACACUAAAUCGGGCACCGAAAUUAUGGAAGCUCCGUCAGGAGAUGAACUAGAUCCAACUCAACGCUCCAAGAGGAAACGUUAUCAUCGUCACACCCAACGUCAAAUCCAGGAAAUGGAAGCAUUCUUCAAGGAGUGCCCCCACCCAGAUGACAAGCAAAGAAAGGAGCUUAGCCGUGAGUUAGGGUUAGAGCCUCUACAAGUCAAAUUUUGGUUCCAAAAUAAGCGAACUCAAAUGAAGGCCCAACACGAACGCCAUGAGAACUCAAUUCUGAAAGCUGAGAACGACAAACUUCGUGCCGAGAACAAUAGGUACAAGGAAGCCCUGAGUAACGCCACAUGCCCUAACUGCGGAGGACCAGCAGCUCUUGGCGAAAUGUCGUUUGAUGAACAACAUUUAAGGAUAGAGAAUGCUCGUCUAAGAGAAGAGAUUGAUAGGAUAUCUGGGAUUGCGGCCAAAUACGCGGGCAAGCCUUUGUCUUCAUUUUCUCACCUUUCAUCUCACGCUUCCCGUUCCCUGGACAUUUCGGGUGUUGGAAAUUUUGGAUCACAGUCGGGUUUCGUCGGAGAAAUGUUUGGAGCAACUGGUGAUCUACUGAGAUCAGUUUCAGUCCCUACUGAGGCUGAUAAGCCAAUAAUAGUUGAGCUUGCUGUGGCAGCUAUGGAGGAACUUAUUAGAAUGGCCCAGGCCGGAGACCCUUUAUGGGUUCCUGCUGAUAAUUCCAAUGCUACUAGUACUGCUACCACUGAAAUUUUAAAUGAAGAUGAAUACUUGAGAACUUUCCCUAGGGGAAUUGGACCUAAGCCACUUGGCAUGAAAUCCGAAGCCUCAAGAGAAACAACCGUGGUCAUUAUGAAUCAUACUAACCUUGUUGAGAUUCUUAUGGAUGUGAGCCAAUGGUCAACUAUAUUUUGCGGAAUUGUUUCAAGAGCUUUGACCCUCGAUAUCCUCUCCACUGGAGUAGCAGGGAACUACAAUGGAGCACUACAAGUGAUGACAGCUGAGUUCCAAGUACCCUCACCACUGGUUCCAACCCGAGAGAAUUACUUCGUUAGGUACUGUAAACAACAUGGUGACGGAACUUGGGCAGUGGUUGAUGUUUCCUUGGACAAUUUACGUCCAAGUCCCAUUUCGAGGAGCCGAAGAAGGCCAUCUGGUUGCCUAAUCCAAGAAUUGCCAAAUGGAUAUUCAAAGGUUAUCUGGGUGGAACAUGUUGAAGUGGAUGACAGAGCUGUUCACAACAUCUACAAACCGCUAGUUAACUCGGGUAUUGCCUUUGGAGCAAAGCGUUGGGUCGCUACACUGGAUCGACAAUGUGAACGGCUUGCAAGCUCAAUGGCCAGUAACAUUCCGGCUGGAGAUCUCUGUGUGAUAACAAGCCCGGAUGGGAGGAAAAGUAUGUUGAAGCUAGCAGAGAGAAUGGUGAUGAGCUUUUGUGUGGGCGUUGGUGCUUCAACUGCUCAUGCUUGGACGACAUUGUCGGCAACGGGCUCUGAUGAUGUAAGGGUCAUGACCAGAAAGAGCAUGGAUGACCCUGGUAGACCUCCCGGCAUUGUACUAAGUGCUGCAACUUCAUUCUGGCUUCCUGUUCCACCGAAGCGGGUAUUCGAUUUUCUAAGGGAUGAAAACUCUCGAAGUGAGUGGGAUAUUCUCUCAAAUGGUGGCCUUGUUCAAGAGAUGGCCCAUAUAGCUAAUGGGCGUGAUCCGGGCAACUGUGUUUCCUUACUUCGCGUGAAUAGUGCAAAUUCUAGCCAGAGCAACAUGCUGAUACUUCAAGAGAGUUGUACCGACUCAACGGGGUCUUAUGUGAUUUAUGCACCAGUUGAUAUAGUUGCAAUGAAUGUGGUAUUAAGUGGAGGAGACCCCGAUUACGUGGCGCUCUUGCCAUCUGGAUUUGCUAUCCUUCCUGACGGAGCUGCUAAUAAUUCUGGUCACAUUAAUACUACUGGACCAACUGGAGGAAUCGUUGACGUUGGUUCGGGUGGCUCAUUACUCACUGUGGCUUUUCAAAUCUUAGUGGAUUCGGUUCCUACCGCCAAACUUUCUCUCGGAUCAGUCGCAACGGUUAACAAUUUGAUUAAGUGCACUGUUGAAAGGAUCAGAGCUGCAGUCACCUCUGAAAAUGCUCAAUGAUUGUUUGGUAAAGGCUUCUUGUGAUGUGAUGAUGAUGAUCAAGCAUCUGGUGACAACGUCAGAAAAUUAUGAAACAUGCUAAGAGAAUUAAUAAGUUAUUAGCCAAUGACGCAAGUUUUAUUAGGAUAUUAUUAGUCGAUCAUUAAUACGUACGAGCUAAUUGAAGGAAGUCAAGAACGCACCUUACAAUAUCCUGGUGUUGAGGACAAAAAUGUAUUAUUAAAUCGAAGCUGAAGACUAUUGGUGCGCAAGGAUAAUGGGUUCGGGUAUUGACUUCACCUAACAAAAGUGGAUCAAAGUAGACUCAGACGGCCUUUAAUUGUUUAUAAUAAAUUUAAGUUAGAAUAACUUUUGGUUAAUUUAGGCCCUUUUUGCCUCUCUUUUGAUUUUGGUUUAGUUAAAUUGAAGAUGUACUAAUAUUAUGCAUAUGUGACUGUGGUGCAACUCACAUUAUUUAUUAGCAUUUCAAUUAAUGUCUUUUUUCAAUUA